AGCUCGGCAUGUGGCGGCAUGGGGGAUGGUCUUGCGAAUGUAGUGUCCAGGUCGUACUGUAGUAAUCAAGGCUCAUUUUGAGGCCUAACUUAUAGAUAUUCCACGCGAGGAGCGCAGAAAGUGAUUCUGAGUAUUGAAUAAAGCACUGAUUCGCCGAGGCCGUCGCCAUGGACGCCGGGCGCGGAGGCGGGACGAUGAUGUCACCGCCGCAGCGGUUCUUCUACAUGCCGCGGUUCCAGUACAACCAGAACCAGACGUACCACGGGUACUACCGCAGGUUCCAGCCCCGCAUGCAGCACGCAGACACACGGGACGGCGUAACGUUCGACGGGAAACGCAUGCGGAAAUCCAUCCAGCGGAAAACCAUCGACUACAACCCCUCCAUCAUUCAACAUCUAGAGACGCGGAUAUGGCAGCGGGACACACGAGACGUCCGACCUCCACAGCCCGACGCCGCGUACAGUCUGCAGCUGGUCCCCCCCAUGGCCAUGAUGGAACAGCCCAUGAACAGCGUCACCACCAAGUUUGUCCGCACCUCCACAAACAAGAUCAGAUGUCCCAUCUUUGUGGUCAGGUGGACUCCUGAAGGUAGGAGGUUGGUGACUGGAGCCUCCAGUGGUGAGUUCACCCUUUGGAACGGACUGGCCUUCAACUUUGAGACCAUUCUACAGGCCCAUGACACAGCAGUUCGUGCGAUGUCCUGGAGCCAUAAUGACCAGUGGAUGGUGACUGCCGACCAUGCAGGGUUUGUCAAGUACUGGCAGUCCAACAUGAACAACGUCAAGAUGUUUCAGGCUCACAAGGAGGCCGUCAGGGAAGUCAGUUUCUGCCCCACAGACAACAAGUUUGCGACCUGUUCAGAUGACAGCACCGUGCGCAUCUGGGACUUCAUGAGGUGUCAUGAGGAGAGAAUACUCAGAGGCCAUGGAGCAGAUGUGAAGACAGUAGACUGGCACCCUCAGAAGGGUCUACUGGCCUCAGGAAGUAAAGACAGCCAGCAGCCUGUCAAGAUCUGGGACCCAAAAACUGGACAAAGUCUGGCCACACUACAUGCCCAUAAGAGCACGGUGAUGGAGGUGAAGUUUAACCAGAACGGGAACUGGCUGCUGACGGCGUCUCGGGACCACCUGGUGAAGGUGUUCGACAUUCGCACCAUGAGGGAGAUGCAGAGCUUCAGGGGGCACAAGAAGGAGGCUACAGCGGUGGCCUGGCAUCCCAUCCACGAGAGUCUCUUUGCCAGUGGCGGCUCAGAAGGAUCCAUACUGUUCUGGCAAGUCGGCAAUGACAAGGAGGUUGGAGGGAUGGAGAAUGCCCAUGAGGGAAUGAUCUGGUCGCUGGCCUGGCACCCACUGGGACAUAUCCUCUGUUCUGGGUCCAAUGACCACAGCACUAAGUUCUGGUCUCGGAACCGUCCCGGGGACCAGAUGAAGGACCGGUACAACCUGAACCUACCGGCAGGCAGUGGUGGGGAGGACGGCAUGGAGGAGAUGGAGACAGCAGAAGCUCCGAGCACGGCAGCUAUCCCAGGAAUGGGCCUGGAACAUGGACUGCCUGAACACCUCAAGAAACCAGAGGAGCCAAAAGAGGAGGCAGCUGAUAUUUCAAUCCCUGGUCUGGACUUCAGCUCUGAAGAAAUGAAAAUCCUGGAGAUGAGAAGGUUGCCACAGAAGAAGGUUCCGUACUCCAAGCCAAUCCCAGCCCAGUUCCAGGAACAGUGGGAGAAGGAGAAGCCGACUUUGCCCACACUACUGUCUCAGGCACAGGACAACAAGGGUAAGGCUGGCAUUGACACCCCGGUGACCUCUGCCCCCUCGUCUGAGCAGGCCAAGACUAAUGCCCAGAUGCACCAGGAGAUGAUGAAGAUGAGAUUCACCAACCCUGCAACACUCGAGGCCAUCGCAAAUGCAACGAAUCAGCCUCAGGGCCCGCGGGGUCCAAAUCCCAUGAACCAGCAGCAGGGUCCACGGAUGGGCCAGCAGAGGUUUGGCCCUCCCAUGGGCUUUGGGCAGGGGCCACAGUCUGGCAUGGCCCGACCCAUGGGGCCACGUCACAUGGGGCCUAACCAAGGCCCACCAGGCCACAUGAUGGGGCCGGGCAAUCAGGGCAGGUCUGGACACAUGGGUGGGCCCCGGGGUCCCGGGCCAGGCCACAUGGGUGGACCAGGGAACCAGGGGCCAGGUGGACCACCAGGACGUAUGGGGCCACCUGGGAACAUGGAAGGGCCACCAAACCAAGGGCCACACAUGAACAGAAUGCCGAACAAGGGCCCGCCGCCACGGCAAAUGGGCCCUCCCAAUCAGGGGCCACAUGGGCCACGAGGGCCCGGGAAUCAGGGGCCACCUGGGCCCAUGGGAGGGCCACCCAGACACAUGGGACCAGGGAACCGUGGGCCACGCAACCAGGGGCCACCUGAGCAGCCACAGAUGAGUGACUCCCCACAUGGAGACGGUACCAGCCACCCAGUGUCGGCCCCCCGCGGCCUGCCUAACACUGGUCCUGGACUCCUGGGCGCUCCACCAAUGCCUUCAAUGAUGGGGAUGGACGCAGACAAACAGACCCAGGGAACAGACAGGUUUGAAGGCCCUCCCCACCACCACAGGAGUGAGGAGGAGGAGUUUUAUGACCAGAGUUAUGAGGAGUUUCCCGGACAGGAGCGCCCGCCUUUCGAUCCCCGCGGCCCACCCAGGGGUCAGCAGGGUCAAAGGGGACGACCUCACCCUGACAACAGGGGGCCACCUCGUGGUCCAAGGGGCCCACCAGAGAUGUCGGGGGAGCGUGGCCCACCUGAGCGAAGGGGCCCACCAGGGGAAAUGCAGGGAGAGUUUCAGGGGCGACCCGACCAAAGUGGCCCCCCUGAGGAGUUCAGGAGCCAGGGCAGGCCGAUGCAGGACCCACGUGGCCCUCCUGGUGACAGAGACAACCGCGGUGGGCCCCCACGCUGGUCUGAAGGUCGCAGGGGGGCCCCUGGUGAUCACAGAGCACAGAGGGGUGACGGUGAGAGAGGCCCUCCACGGGGUAAUAUGGAACAGCGUGGGCCACCCAGGGGGGAACGAGAGCAGCGUGGGCCCCCGAGGGGAGACAUGGACCAGGGAGGGCCAAACAGAGGCAAUGCAGACCAGAGAGGGCCACCUGGAAGGCACGAAGAGGAGCACAGAGGGCCACCCGGGGGUUUUAGAGGUCCAGAAUUCAGGGAUGACCACAGAAGAGAGGACUUCCGAGGACAAGGAGAGGAGUUCCAUGAACCCCCACAAGGCCCUCGUGAGGGGUGGGGAGAGCAGGAGCCCUGGCACGACGACCACAGGGGGCCCCCUCAGGACAGGAGGGGUCAUAGUGCAGAGUUCAGAGAUCACAGGGAGGGGUCAUGGGAGGAGCAGGACCACAGACGAGGUCGGGGAAGGCAGAACGAGCGAGGCCGCGGGUUUAGGGCGGAGGGGAGAGAUGAAAGCCCGCCAGUCACUUCUGAAGAAUUCCACGAACACGAGAGAUUCGGAGACGGAGGGGAAUACAGAAGGAGGGAGGAUCAGCGAGGAAGUUUUCGAGGGGGUAGGGGAGGUGGGAGGGCCGGUCCGCCCGAGCAGGGUCCAGGGGAGAGGAAAGAAGGGCUCCUCCCGACUCCCCCACCCAUGGGCAGGGGGCAGGGAAUGGCCAGGGGAAGGGGAGGGGGGCCGAUGCACUCACCGCGACAGGAAGGCAGAGGGUUUGAGGGCCCGGAGCGUGAACGUCGGGGAUCGCAUGAGGAGAUGAGGUCACCAAGUGGACGGGAAGAGCGGUCGUCGCUACACGAGAUGGAUGUGGCAAGACUGCCACCUAGGAAAAGACCUUGGAGAGAUGAGACUCAGGAGCAGCCUGAGCUGGAGGGCAUGGGACCUCCCCCUGGGGGUAGGGGAGGACGACCCCAGGGCAGGGGAGUGAGCUAA